AUGAUCAACGCAGGAGGCGGACUCAGGAGGAGGCUGCGUGACGUGCAGUGCUGGGGAAUGACGGUCUUAGUCCUGGAAGGUGUCUAGGAAGGUGGGUAGUAAUGUUGUUGUCUUCAGCGUGUGAGGGUCACAUCAGAGAGUAAGGCUCCUCACACCACUCAUAAUUAAACAUCAGAAUGCUUUCACAGUAUCGUUACAUAUCGUUGGCGGUAAUAUCGUUCGGAACAUCUCACCGAACGGUGUGUGAUUUUCAGGUCAACACAAAACCAUAUUGCGCCCUGGAGAACGGGUUCGUCUCCCUUUUGACGCACCGCCGCGUAUAAUUUUUGUUCCGAUAAAUGGACUCAACUCCUUCCGGGCUUGUUUGACUCACGCCUUAUCUACUAUCUACACCCGAAUUUCUAUGGGUCGCUUCGAACAGCAAAGAAGGCAACGCGUCAGCACCCAAGACACCCGCCAGUAGCACAAGGCACCCGGGAUAAUACUUCCGCCUCCAAUGUGUGUGUAUUCAUAUGGCGCAGAGAGCGAUAUCCAAGAGACCUAUGCAGGU